GUGGGCCCGCCCUCCUCCUGCCUAUAAGUGCGGACCUGGUCACCUCGACGGCCACUCGAUCCUGAGCGCUCACAGCAUGUUGGGCGUCACAGUCUUCACAGCGCUCCUGGCCUACGCCUCCAGCUGCGGGGUCCCCAUCUUCCAGCCCAACCUAUCAGCCCGGGUGGUGGGCGGAGACAACGCCAUUCCCCACAGCUGGCCCUGGCAGAUCUCCCUCCAAUACCUCAAGAAUGGCACGUGGAGGCACACCUGCGGAGGCACCUUGAUCACCCCCAAUCACGUCCUUACAGCUGCCCACUGCAUCAGCAAUACCCUGACUUACCGCGUGGCCCUGGGGAAGAACAACCUGGAGGUGGAGAAUGAGGAAGGCUCCCUGUUCGUGGGCGUGGACACCAUCUUUGUCCACAAGAAGUGGAACUCCUUCCUAAUUCGCAAUGACAUUGCCCUUAUCAAACUGGCGGAGACCGUGGAACUGAGUGACACCAUCCAGCUAGCCUGCCUGCCAGAGGAGGGUUCCUUGCUGCCUCAGGACUACCCCUGCUACGUCACUGGCUGGGGCCGUCUCUGGACCAACGGCCCCAUCGCUGAUGAGCUGCAGCAGGGCCUGCAGCCCGUGGUGGAUCACGCCACGUGCUCCCAGAAAGACUGGUGGGGCACCAUGGUGAAGCACACCAUGGUCUGCGCCGGGGGUGAUGGCGUCAUCUCAGCCUGCAACGGGGACUCGGGCGGCCCGCUAAACUGCCAGGCCCAGGACGGCUCUUGGGAGUUGCGGGGCAUUGUCAGCUUCGGCUCCGGGCUGAGCUGCAACACCCUCAAGAAGCCUACGGUCUUCACCCGUGUGUCCGCCUACAUCAACUGGAUCAACCAGGAACUAAGGCCCCCACCCAGGUGGAGGAUGGUAACUUCAGGCUGAGCCCAAGCACGUGGACUGCACACUGGUCAGAGCCAGAAGGCUCAUGAUGGAGAUUCCUGGAACACCACCCUGUCACCUGACCACCAACCAAUCUGAGGAAGGUUACACACCUUGGAGCCCUCCCUGCAAAUUUUGCCUAUAAAAACUCUUCCCAAAAA